AAUUCGGAAGCAUUUAAGUGGAGAGCAGCCAUUUGGCAAAGAAAGCCUUGCAGGAGAAUGAAAUCAUAUCUGCACUUGCGAAGAGGUCAUGUUUGUUAUGAAACAACGCAAAAACAUUACGUCAAUGCACACAUGUUGUUGCACCACCCUUUAAAAUGUUGAUGUGAAAAGCAAGUCUUGCCAUUUGGAGUCAGACUAGGCAAGGAAAGGAAGCUUUAUACACAGUACCAGACGAAGAUUGACUCAACCAUGAGAUUUGUGGCAGCAAUUACAGCGUUCUUUCUCGUCACAACGCUUCAUGUUACGGAAAUUUUUGGAAUGGAUGCAAAGGAACGCAAAAAGAUCGAAGAUUAUCUUACAAGCAUCAGCAAUGCUAUUAUAAAAAUCAAAAAAGACGUUCAAAGGCUGACAUGCAGCGAAGGUAACGAACUGAAAAUCAACCAUAAAGCAUCCUCAGAAUUUCAUUCAUGUAAGGAAAUACUGGAGAGUCAAAGGAAUAAUACCGCAAGUGGUGUUCACGAAAUCAGUGUUGAUUCAAAUAAAGUGGAAAGCGUCUACUGUUAGAUGUCCUCAGUCUCAGGUUGUUCUGGUGGUGGAUGGACGAUGGUCAUGAAAAUUGAUGGAAGCAAGAGGACUUUCAAAUACAGCUCCGGUUAUUGGUCGAACAAGGAAACUUUCAAUGACAAUGACGAUCUUAGAAUCGGAGGUUUUGACAACCGAGAAUUCAAAGGAUCAACAUAUUGGAAAACUUCAUUCAAAGAAAUUUGUGUCGCGAUGAAAUAUAGUGGUCAACUCAGAGCCUUCUCUUACUCACAUCCAGCAUCGUCCUUGUAUCAUCUGAUCGCAGACGGCAAGUAUCGUCAGACUCACCUUGGCCGUGCUCAAUGGAAACAGCUCAUCCAUGGAUCAUCUUUACAGCGUAACUGCAACAAAGAGGGAUUUAACGUCGGUAUAAGUCCGUAUGCAAGAGUUAGGUUAGGUUACACUGCGAACAACGAAAACGAUUGCACCACAACAGAUUCUUUCAUAGGCUUGGGUGGUGAUGGCGGUAUGUAUCCAUUUACCUGGUGUAGGUUCUCAGUUUCUCUCAAUACUGCUGGUAAUUUGGCCCAGUGUGCUGCUGAUAAUGGAAACAGGAACCACAAAGCAAUGGGAUACAUUUUGGUUCGUUAAAACUUCAGUGAAGAGAACGUUUCACGCAAGAAAUUAUACAAUAGUAAUAUAACUAUAUAUGGUAAUUUUUUUUCAUGACAAUAAAACUCAUUUGAU